AUGUCCAUUUCGACGCCCAACUACUCUUCCGGCAACGACCGAUUCGGCGCCGAGGCGGCCACGUGGGAUUCGCAGCCCGAGGUGGUCGAGUCGUCGCGGCUCUGUCUCGACGCGGUGCUGCGUCACUCGGACCACUUCCCCUCGCUCUCCUCCUCGAGUGUACUCGAGAUCGGCUGCGGUACCGGCUUGCUCACUGUGCCACUUGCUCAGCAUGUCGGCUCCAUCCUUGCACUCGACACCGCACAGGGUAUGAUCGACAUGCUCUCGGCCAAGCUCUCCUCCAACGCGAUCCAGCACAAAGUCUCCGCCAAAGUCAAGCUUCUCGAAAGCGCCGAUGAUCCCGUACUUGAGGCGAAGAAGUUCGAUGUUGCACUCAGCCAUCUUGUCUUCCACCACGUACCCAAUAUGCAGCAGCUGGUCGACGUCAUGUUUGGAACUCUCAACAAAGGCGGCAGAAUUUGGAUCUCGGACUUUGAGGAUGACGGGCCCCAAGCAGAAGCUUUCCAUCCAAAGGCCAAGCAUGCAGGCGUGGAACGACACGGCCUCAAACGCGACGAGAUGCACAACAUCCUCACCAACGCCGGUUUCACCAACGUCGAGGUCUUUGAAAGCUUUCAGAUGCAGAAAAAGGUCGAGUCGGGACAAACACAAUCCUUCCCCUUCCUUGCUAUUACAGGCAUUCGACCCUGA